UUCUUUAAAUAUUCUAGGCUUCUGUUUAUGAUCAGCUUGGCAUUACAGAUCAUCCACGUGGGAAACAGCUAUCAAAGAGAGAAAUAUAAAGGUAGUAGAGAAGGAAUCAACAGUGCUACAGCUCAGAAGCUCCAGCAGAAGACACUCGACUGGACCUUGAAUACUUUUAGGGAGGAGAACGACAGCGCGGAGGGCUGGAGGCCGCAGGGUUCAUUGCCCUACUCGCGGACUUUCCGAGAGCGUGCGCCCCCGCGGCCGCGCUGCUGCCGGAACGGCGGCACCUGCGUGCUGGGCAGCUUCUGCGUGUGCCCCGCUCACUUCACCGGCCGCUACUGCGAGCACGACCAGAGGCACAGCGAAUGCGGCGCGCUGGGGCACGGAGCCUGGACCUUCCGCGGCUGCCGCCUCUGCAGGUGUGUCUUUGCGGCCCUGCACUGCCUCCCGCUCCAGACGCCCGGCCGCUGUGACCUGAAAGACUUUCUCGCCUCACACUCUAAUGGACCAAGAACGCGGCUCACGGGGAAUGUUCUCCUCCUCCUGCCCUGCUUCCUCCUGAAAUCCGUCCUCAGCGAAGGGGGAGGCCGCUGACGGGACCGCAGUUCCCCCCGGCGGAACCGGAACCAGAACCGCGCCUGGCCUCCCAGCGUGGCCGAGCGAGGUGGCGCUGCAUGGGGAAGCCGGGCUUGCUUGUCCUCUUGUAUUGUCCAUGUUGUAGGUCAUAGAUUGGUUUCAUUUCUUAUAAAGUGGAGCAUUAGAUGCAUAUUUGUGUUGUUUAAUAAACAUUUGCAUGAAAGAG